GGGGGUAACGAGAAGAGAGUGUUGUAUAGGCUACUUACAGCGGAGAAACGUCACAACCCGACCUUACAGAGAAAAAACAGGAUCAUACCAAAACAGAAAUAAGUUGGCUACACUUGACGCGUCGUAUCGGAUGUACUAGACGUGGAUUGAAAGCGCAUAUGUUUUUGUAUUUGUCGUCAACGUAUUAAUUGGUAUAUUUUAGAGCGUUAUUUGUUUCCUUGAAUGCUUCGCUGGAAGCAUUAAAUAAGGCCCAGGUGGUGACAAUAGAUUUUAUUGUUUAUUUUGUUUUGUUUUUUUUCUUUUCUUCUCCAUUUGCUUCGACGAAUCAGUGAAGGCACAACCCAAGGCGACACUGAUUGCAAACGGAGUGAAAGUUUGUGAAGAGGGAAUAUUCGACGCAAGCAUUCUGUAUGGCUGGGCGUGGGAUAUAGCUUGUGCUGGUGGCGUCUACAAAAAUACUUGUAACUGCAUUCAAAUUCGUAGAUGAAGGUAAACGAAGUAGCAAAACCUAACGCAAGAAAUCUGUUAGACGUAUGCGUGGGUAGCUUGGUAACGCUAAUGUUAUGGCAGCCUGUCGAGGUUGAUGCGGAUAUUCGCCACAGGCGCUCUUGUUUAUUAGCUUGGCUAGUCAGUUAGCGGGUUACUUAGCCACAACUUUUUGCAACGCAUCAAAAUAUUAGCUACAAUCUUAAAGGUUGCUAUUUAGUAAAAGCAGGCCGUUUCUGUUACGUUUGGCUUUAUUAGUCCAGCGAGGCAUUUUGCCUACGCAAUGUUGCUAAAAUGAACGCAGAUAAGGGGAGCACCACAACAGAUAAUAUCGGGUCUCUGUUUUCACGCUAUUGGAGUGGCACUUCAAGCUAAUAUAAUGUUGCAGACCAAUCUUGAAGAUUAAGGUAUAGCUACCAACUGCAGAGCUGACGUGCCGGAUCAAAAUAUCUAUUCAAUCCGAUGACUGUGGAUGAUGACACGCUUUUAAUUAGAGAUAAAAUCAGUCUUGCACAUUGUCAGAACGUUUGUAUCUAGUUGUGCAGGAAGAACAUUUCUUCUCAGUCUACUAUAUUCAAUGUCCUACUCUAUUCAGCUUGCUAGCCAGCUAGUUUUCACAGUUUGAGUCCAGACUGGUUGUGUUUACCUGGGUAUUUUCUGCCCCGAAGUAUCGUUUCGUUUCUUUUUAAAACAAAUAACCGGCAUCCUGUUGACAUUUUGUGAUACUCCUUGGUUUUCUUAACUAGCGAACGGUAACUUGAGUCAGAAUUUUGGGCCACGAUGACAGAAAACGCACCCACACGAAGUCUAGAUGACAUCGACCUCGCAGCCCUGCGGGACCCAGCAGGGAUCUUUGAGCUGGUGGAGGUUGUUGGCAAUGGUACCUAUGGACAGGUGUACAAGGGGCGACAUGUGAAGACAGGACAGCUGGCAGCCAUCAAGGUGAUGGAUGUGACGGAGGAGGAGGAAGAGGAGAUCAAGGCGGAGAUCAACAUGCUGAAGAAGUACAGCCACCACCGCAACAUUGCCACCUACUAUGGCGCCUUCGUCAAGAAGAGCCCCCCAGGACAUGAUGACCAACUCUGGCUGGUGAUGGAGUUUUGUGGGGCGGGCUCAGUGACGGACCUGGUGAAAAACACCAAGGGCAACUCGCUGAAGGAAGACUGGAUCGCCUACAUCUGCAGAGAGAUCCUGCGCGGCCUGUCUCACCUCCACGCCCACAAAGUCAUCCACAGAGAUAUCAAGGGUCAGAAUGUUCUACUCACUGAGAACGCCGAGGUCAAACUGGUGGACUUUGGGGUGAGUGCUCAGCUGGACCGUACCGUGGGCAGGAGAAACACAUUCAUCGGUACUCCUUACUGGAUGGCCCCCGAGGUCAUCGCCUGUGACGAGAACCCGGACUCCACGUAUGACUACAGGAGUGAUAUCUGGUCCCUUGGGAUCACAGCCAUAGAAAUGGCAGAAGGAGCACCUCCUCUGUGUGACAUGCAUCCCAUGCGGGCCCUCUUCCUCAUCCCCAGGAACCCUCCGCCCAAACUCAAGUCAAAGAAAUGGUCCAAAAAGUUCAUCGACUUCAUCGAGGGUUGCCUGGUGAAGACGUACACCAGCCGGCCGUCCACCGAGCAGCUGCUCAAGCACUCCUUCAUCCGCGACCAGCCCACCGAGCGGCAGGUGCGCAUCCAGCUCAAGGACCACAUCGACCGCACCCGCAAGAAGCGCAGCGAUAAAGAGGAGACUGAGUAUGAGUAUAGUGGCAGUGAUGACGAGGAUGAGAACCGCGGGGAUGACCGAGAGUCCAGCUCCAUCCUGAACGUGCCGGGGGAGUCGACCCUGCGGCGGGACUUCCUGCGGCUGCAGCAGGAGAACAAGGAGCGCUCGGAGGCCCUGAAGCGCCAGCAGGCCCAGCUGGCCGCGCAGCGCCGCGACCCGGAGGAGCACAAGCGCCAGCUGCUGCACGACCGCCAGAAACGCAUCGAGGAGCAGAAGGAGCAGAGACGCCGCCUUGAGGAGCAACAGAGAAAAGAACGAGAGAUGUCGCGACAGCAGGAGAAGGGCCCCCACCGCCGGCUGGAUGACAUGAGGAGGGAGGAGGACCGGAGGAUGGCUGAGCGAGAGCAGGAGUUCAUAAGGCAUAAGUUAGAGGAGGAACAGCGACAGUUAGAAAUCCUCCAGCAGCAGCUGCUUCAGGAGCAGGCACUGCUCAUGGAGUACAAGCGCAAGCAGCUGGAGGAGCAGCGCCAGUCGGAGCGUCUGCAAAGGCAGCUGCAGCAGGAGCAUGCCUACCUGGUGUCCCUGCAGCAGCAACAGCAGCAGCAGCAGCAGCAGGAGAAGAAGCCCCAGCUCUACCACUACAGCAAGAACCUGGAGGCCAACAACAAGCCUGCGUGGGCCCGAGAAGUGGAGGAACGCAGCAAGCUGAACAGGCAGGGCUCGCCUAAAAUCUGCACCACUGUGUCCGACACCAACAUCCAAUCACGCUCCGACUCCAUCAACCAAUCAGGGGCGGCGCAAGCUGCCCAGACCCCGCCCAUGCAGCGUCCGGUCGAACCACAGGGGGGACAGGGGAAGUUCCAGAUGGCCCACCUGGUGCCCCUGAAGCCGUACGCGGCCCCCGUGCCCCGCUCCCAGUCCCUGUGCGACCAGCCCACUAAGACCAUGUCGGCUUUCCCCACGCAGGAGCCCUCCCCCUCCCCCACCCCCCGCCCCCUGCACCCCAGGGAGCUUGUGCGCCAAAACUCCGACCCCACCUCCGAGAGCCCCGCCCCACAGCCGCGGCCAAUGAGGGAAGACCGCGGGCCCUGGAUCCGCCUCCCAGAGAUUGAGCAGCCACCAAAAAUCCCCCAGCGGACUUCCUCCAUCGCCACGGCGCUGAACACCAACCUCUCCUCCGGGAUCAGACACCCAGUCCGUGCAAGUAACCCGGACCUGAGCCGCAAUGACCGCUGGGAGAGGGGAGACAGCAUGAGUGUGGUGGCCAACCUGCCACAGACAGGCUCCCUGGAGCGACACCACAUCCUCGGCUCCUCCAAAAUGGAUUCGUCUCCCAUCCUCCACCAUGACGGGCGGCACAAGCCAGGAGAGUCGCGCACCUCCUCGCGCCCCAGUCGCCCAGCGAGUUAUAAGCGAGCUAUAGGAGAGGAGCGGGCUGAGGAGCAACCCAGACCCCCAGUGAAGGCCAACGACUACUCCUCAUCCUCCGAGAGCAGCGAGAGCAGCGAGGAGAGCGAGAGUGGAGAGGGACCCGAGGAGGAGGAGAGCCCAACUGACCGCCCGCGGGAUGCAGACACAGACUCAGUGAACACCAUGGUGGUCCACGAGGAAGAGGAGGAGGAGGAGGGUGAGGGGAGAGAGGAGGAGCGCGCCGGAGGAUACGGGGACCAGACCAUGCUGGUGCAGCGAACUCCCGAGAAGCGUAGCCAUAACGGCUACACAAACCUGCCCGACGUGGUCCAGCCCUCCCACUCCCCCACCGACUCCACGUCCCACUCCUCGCCGGGGAAGGACUCGGCCUACGACUAUCAGUCACGAGGUCUGGUCAAGGCGUCUGGGAAGUCCUCCUUUACUACUUUUGUGGAUCUGGGAAUGUACCAUCCACAAGGCGGCUCGGGGGAGUCCAUCCCAGGAACCCUGGGGUCGAGGUUCGAGCAGCUGAAGGCGGAGGUGCGCAAGGGAUCCAUGGUGAACGUGAACCCGACCAACACUCGACCCCACAGCGACACGCCAGAGAUCCGCAAAUACAAGAAGCGCUUCAACGCCGAGAUCCUGUGCGCUGCUCUGUGGGGUGUGAACCUGCUGGUCGGCACCGAGAACGGUCUGAAACUGUUGGACCGUAGCGGUCAGGGCAAAGUCUACCCCCUCAUCAACUCGCGCAGAUUCCAGCAGAUGGACGUCCUGGAGGGACUCAACCUGCUCAUCACUAUAUCAGGGAAGAAGAAUAAAGUGCGCGUGUACUACCUGGCCUGGCUCCGCAAUAAGAUCCUGCACAACGACCCCGAGGUGGAGAAGAAACAGGGCUGGACCACUGUUGGGGAGAUGGAGGGCUGUGUGCACUAUAAAGUCGUGAAGUACGAGCGAAUCAAGUUUCUGGUCAUCGCUUUGAAGAAUGCAGUGGAGGUGUACGCCUGGGCUCCCAAGCCUUAUCACAAAUUCAUGGCUUUCAAGUCUUUCGGUGACCUGCCCCACAGACCCGUGUUGGUGGACCUGACGGUGGAGGAGGGGCAGAGGCUUAAGGUCAUCUACGGCUCCACCGCCGGCUUCCAUGCCAUCGACGUGGAUUCUGGGAACAACUACGACAUUUACAUCCCUGUGCAUAUUCAGAGUCAAGUGACUCCUCACGCCAUCGUGUUCCUGCCCAGCUCUGAUGGGAUGGAGAUGCUGCUCUGCUACGAGGACGAAGGCGUCUACGUCAACACCUAUGGCAGGAUCAUCAAGGAUGUGGUGCUGCAGUGGGGGGAGAUGCCCACCUCUGUGGCUCACAUCUGCUCCAACCAGAUCAUGGGCUGGGGAGAGAAGGCCAUCGAGAUCCGCGCCGUGGAGACGGGCCACCUCGACGGGGUCUUCAUGCACAAGCGAGCGCAGAGGCUCAAGUUCCUGUGCGAGAGGAACGACAAGGUGUUUUUCGCCUCCGUGCGCUCCGGGGGCAGUAGUCAGGUGUACUUCAUGACCCUGAACAGGAACUGCAUCAUGAACUGGUGAACAGGAAGGAGCUGACACUGCCAUUCCACUCUGCUGUCUGUGUUUGACCUCGAGGUUAUCUUAUACUCCUAAACAAGCCCUCUUUUCAUACGCCUGUACACACACACACACACACACACACACAGACACACACACACAGACAUAAUGUUUAACAAUGUUGCUUGCAUAUGCUCAAAACCAAUGGGUGCAGCCACUGCUGUAUUACAGACACACAUGUGGACCCAACUAAAUAAUGUUGUCAGUAUCCUCACAGUUCUUAUACAAGUGUGUGUACACACACACACACACACACACACACA